AUGGAGAGAUACAGAGAGAGGGACAGGAGAAAAGUGAGGGAAGUGGAGAGAGAGAGGGAUGAGGUGAGAGAAGGGGGCAGGCGAGAGGACGGACCAAGGGAAAGGAGGGAUCCGGAGAAAGAUGGGGAGAAAACACAGCCCAAUGUAACAGGAGAGAGAGGGAAGAGGAUGGAUGGAGAGAGAUUCAGAGAGAGGGAGAGAUAUUCCAAGGGGGAGGAUGAGGAGAGGAGGCGCAGGGAGAAGAAGGACAGAGAGACAGAUCCCAAAAGGGAGGGAGGAGCAGACGGAGCUAGUCGAUUGCCGAGUGAGACAGCCCCAAGGGUGCCACCACGAGUGCAGAGCAGCGGAGAAUGGAGAAGUGACAUAGAGAGGGAAAGAAAAUGGAGAAAAGGAAGAAAAAGUCAUGAGGAGAAGGAGUCAGAGGGAGAUGUGGACAGGGGGCAGAGAGAGUGUAGUGAAAGAGAGAGACCAGAUAGAGUGAGGGGGAGAGAAGGAGAGGAGGAGACGAUACCAAAGCGCCCUGAGCAGCGGAGGAUGUGGUUAUUACCACAGAAGGUCAGAUAUAACAAAGACUCCUCUUUAGAGGAUGAGGUUAGAGAGCGAGAAAGAGAUAGGCACACUAACAGAUGGAGAGAUAGAAGUGAAGAAGAGGACAGAUCCAUGGAACAAAGGACAGGCAGAGAAAAAGAGAGGAAGACAGAGGGAGAAGGACAAGAGGAUAGGUCAGUGGAACAAAGGACAGGCAGAGAAAAAGAGAGGAAGACAGAGGGAGAAGGACAAGUGGAUAGGUCAGUGGAACAAAGAAAGUCCAUAGACGAAGAGAGAGAAACUGAGAGGGAGGGAGGGAGGGAGAUGUAUUUGGAGAGAGGGUUAAAUGUAGAUGAAGAUGAUGAGACAGAAGCCUGGAGGAGUUAUAGCAGAGGAGAGGAACACCAGACUUACAGCGAUGGAGAGAGAGAGGAACGCUGGCAGAGGGACAGGGAGACGGAGAGAGAGAAUGUGACAGAUAACACAGAGGGUGACAGAGAGGAAGAAGGAGGAAGUGAUAGAUAUGCACUCUUCGAGAGUGAUGGAGGAAGUGAGAGAGAGUGGGAAGGAGGGCGAGAUAGAAUCCCUUCCUCUGAGGACGGCUUUAUCACUGUGUCCAGCGGUGGAGAAGAGGAGUUUGAGGACUGCAAGGAAUUCUUGGAAGUUGGGGUUGCAAACCAUGUUACCAGGCAACCUGUUAGCUUUCAGGGGAGCGAGGGACAGAUGGAGAGAGGUGGAGGGAGAAGACAUGAAAGAGAGAGAGAAAGAACAGAAGAGCAGUUAGAGCAAAAAGAUGAUGCAGUGGAGGGAGAGGUGAAUGACGGAAAGGUGAAGAAGCAACCCACCUAUGUGUUCUGUGUGAUUGGACAAACAUUGCCCAGGUCAAAACCCAAUCAGACAGCAGUCUUGGGUGACAUGGAAUCAGAGCGGACCAAUCAAAAUCCUGGAUAUGGUCAUAGGGACAGUGGUGACAUCACACACCUCCCUCAUGAGAACCCUUCCAGAGAUGGAGACCAAGGGGCAGAGGAUGAGAGAAAAAUAGUGAGGGAUGAAACCCACGUGCCAAAGGAGGAGAGAACAGACACAGAAGAGAGCUCCAUAGUGGACGUCAGUCACACCACCCUAGAACGAGAGAGCGGAGAACGACUGAAGGUCGUGGAGGAGAACCCAUACGCUGAGAUAGAGCAAAGGAGGAAUUCUGAGACCGAAAAACUCCUCAAAGAGUGGAGAGAAAGACAUAAAGAGUACAGAGAAACAAGAGAGAGGGACCCAACAGACAGUAGGAGGACAGAACCAGAGAUAGGUCCAUCUUCACAUCCCAGUGGAGAGUACCACCACCAUGAGAUCCCUGUAGUUGACCAAGCCACCUCUGACCAGAAUAACCCUGGAGUGAUGAGCCCAGAGGAAGCUGUGGCCAUCCAAAUCUGUAUAAGGGGAGCCUGGAGCACAGAAGAGGAGACCAAGCGCCACUCCCAGGCCUCACACAUGAAGUGGGCCAAGAACGUAUUGAGCGAGAUCCUUGGCAGUUCGGAGGAACACGCCCGUGGCAACCCCCAGCCAGAGUCACAGGGAGGUCAAGAGGUCAGCCAGACUGCGAGAGGGACAGAGAGGGUAGAAGAGGAGCUAGAGGAAGAAAAGGAUGAGACGCCAGAGGGGGGAGGAGCCUCAACCGUCUACGCCACGGUUCAGAAGAGGACGAAGCGUGGGAGGAAGUCGGUGGAGGCGAGGCUGGCUGAACGGYAGGCAGAGCCAGGGAAAGUGGAGGAUGAGAGAGGUACAGGGGAGAAACUAACAGACAUGCAUGCUGAGGCUUUCACAGCUAUGCUUGGUGAUGGCAAACCCAUAGACAUGCAUMCUGCCCUGACCCUACACAAUACUCAUGGUGACACACCUACAGACAGACAGGGAGAGGAGGUGGAGGGUAACAAUGUGUGUGCGGACAGACAAACAGACAGUCAUAUACAUAUCCAGGUAGAGAUGGUGACAGAGGUUGAGGGUGAGAUAGAGAAAGGGGUUGAAGUUGGGGACGAGGUUCAUAUACUGGAUGCAGAGAAAGAAGUGAAUGCCCAGAAAGAGGAAGAUCUGUUUCUCUCUGUGAGCAACACCCUGUACAAACCAACCAGCUGCCCCAGCCUUAUAUACAACCCUGAUUCAGAACAACCUAUCACCCCCAUAGAGGAAAAGACGGAGGAAGAAGGGGAGAAAGAGAGGACUGUGGGAGAGGGGGAAGAGAAUAGUGUGGUAGAGGGGAAGCAGGAAAGGAGGAUAGAKGAUGGGACCGAGGACAGGGGGAAAGUGGGAGYGGCGACUGAGGAGAGGAAAGUGGAAAGGGAGGAGGAGAAGAGGGUAGGAGGGGAAGAYGAGAGGAUGAGGGAGGGCAAGGAAGAGAGUAAAAAAACGGGAGGAGGGGGGGUGAAGAGCACUUGUAGUUUCCAAGAUUUGGGCACCGAUGUUCGGUUUUGGAGGCGAGGGUUCCACAAGACAACAGAAAGAAGAAACGAGGAAGAAGAAGGAAGAGAAGAUGCGAGGGAUCGCAGAACAAGAAUAUUCCAGGCGUCAGAUGAUGAGGAGGAGGAGGUGAGCUUCAACUGGGGAGACGUGGACCUGAGGAAUGUCACGGAUACCAUCAGAAUGGCUAGGAGGAACUCCAAAUUUUACAAUUCCCAGCUCUACCAGGAAGUAACUGAUGAGACAGCUCAGAACAGGGAGAUCUCAGUCAGUCUUGCUCUGACGCCUCUCUCCAAUCUACGAGGACUCCCUGUCCACCUGUCCCCGUACCCUCCUCCCUGGCCCCCUCGCUCCCUCCGGCCCGCCGAGGCCCUUACCCCGUCUCCCCCCAGUCAUCCACCCCCACUCUCUGUCUCCACUCUGCUCUACUCCAGUGCGACCAGUGCCAAGUUCCUGCCCCGUUACCCACAGCCGCCCCAGGCCACCCCCAGCCAGGGCCUCCUCUCUCCCCCCUCUCCAUCUCCCUCACCCAGUCCCCCAGCGUGUGGCAGGAGAUCCCUGAGGGAUGAGAACCAUGGGUUCAGGCGGGUAGUGGAGAAGUUGGAACGCGGUCCAGUGUGUCAGCGUCUUCCUCUUCGCUCCUUCCUCAUCCUCCCCUUCCAGAGGAUCACACGAAUCAAACUCCUUGUGCAGAACAUUGUGAAGAGAACAGCCCAAGGCACAGAGGAGGAGGUCCAGGCCAUCAAAGCUAUGAAGCUACUGGAGAGGUUGAUCCAGGAGAGCAAUGACAGUAUUACUCAAAUGAAGAGCAUUGAGUCGCUGGUCUCUCUCAGUGCCAGAGUGGACUUUGAAUGCAGGACUCUCCCCCUGGUCAGUCAGUCUCGUAGGCUGGUGAGAGAGGGACCGGUGACUGAGAUGAUGGAUUUCUCUCUGAAGGAGACAGAGAGGAGUGUCUACCUUCACCUUUUCAAUGACUACCUGCUGCUGUCGCUGAACAAAGAAGGGGGCAGGUUCACGGUGAUAGACCAUGCUCCAGUGUCAGAACUGAGAGCUGAGAACUGUCGGGUCAAACUGCACUCUCUAGAGAAGAACCUUUUCCGCCUCCACCUUAACAAGAAAGCUCUGCUACUUAGCACCGACACACAAGGUGAUAAACUGCGUUGGAUCUCAGCUGUCUCUAGGCCCCAUCCUGUUAUUGACUACUCUACAGCACAAGACUUCACACAGAUGCAGUGCAUCCGAGCCUUCGUUGCCCACCAACCAGAUGAGCUGUCCCUGGAGAAGGCGGAGGUCAUUCUCGUCCACCAGCAGAGCAGCGACGGUUGGGUGGAGGGGACCAGGCUGUCAGACAGACACAGAGGAUGGACUCCUGAGUCCCAUUUGGAAACCAUAGCCAGCCUCAGGGUCCGACAGCGCAACCUGCUGGACGCUAUAAAAAUUACGACAGCCACGGCUGCCGUAUGACAAACCAUCCACUGCCUGACUGCGCUGGGGGAAUCCUAGUCACUGUGUAUCAAUGUGGUUUAAUUACUGUGGAUUUGGACAGUGGAUGAAACAGUGUUUCAGACUGGAGUUGUCCCUCCCGGCCUCACCCUGCUUAUUGGGGAUGAAUGGCGUUAGAGGGGGUGCCUUAGAGAUAGGCACUGGACUGACAUGAAUACCUUUAACACUUACAGGAGUGUCAACGUAAAUGAUUGGAGGUGUUUUGGAGGUGCCUGGGAGUGUCUAGGGUAGCCUUGUAAAUCAAACCCUGGCAAUGAAUGUCGAUGGACUGUUACAGGAUCUAUUGGAAAUCAGCCAUCUAAGAACAUCAGUGGAUUGAGGACCUGUGGCCCCGGAGAAGGACAGAAGUUUCUCCAUAACUACUUUACUUGGGGACUUUAAAAAGACAUGGUAUGGGGCCUCCCGAGUGGCGCAGUGGUCUAAGGCACUGCAUUGCAGUGCUAGAGGCUUCACUACAGACCCGGGUUCGAUCUCAGGCUCUGUCAAAGCCGGCCGUGACCCGGGAGACCCAUGAGGCGGCAUACAAUUGGCCCAGCGUCGUCCGGGAUAGGGGAGGGUUUGGCCGGCUGGGAUGUCCUUGUCCCAUCGUGCUCUAGUGACUCCUGCACGCUGACUUCGUUUGCCAAUUGUACAGUGUUUCCUCCACAUUGGCUGGCUUCUGGGUUAAGCAAGCAGUUUUGGAAGAUGCCUGGCUCUCGACC